AUGAAGGCCAGCUCCAGACGCGGCGCCGCAAAAAAUCCAACAACACAACGGGUCCAAUACGGGCCACCGCACAACAGCACAGGAGUUGGACACUCGGGUACAGCACUAAACAUCGAUAGGUGGGCCAAGGAGGUGCUUAUGUUUAUUCGCGGGACGUCACUAGGCCGGCGAACGCUCGGGGGUCAGAAUCGCUACUGGCCGGUAUCGAGCGAGAGACGGACUACUCCCCCGCGCCGCUCUAAACCAAUUUAUAAUACAUAC